UCUGGGCUUCCGGGGCCCUCCUCUGACUGGCCCUGCUGCUGGGCCUUGGCAGCCAGAUGGGGAACCCAGCUAAGUGUGUGUGCAUGCGUGUGACCCGGUGGUUUCUGAGCUUCCUGUUGAAAAGCCCUCCUCGCAGCACGGAAGUUCGCUCUGGGUGAGAUCGGAGCGCACAGAGCCCCGAGGCAUCUUGACAGGGCCAGGAUGAGCCGGAGGUCCAAGCCAGCAGCCCGGACGCAGCAGGAGAAUGUGUCCUCCUCCCUCCUUGAGGACCAUGAGAACCAGCAGGUCUUUGAAUUGUUGGGCAGAAAGUGCACGACCAUGGUCACAGCUGUGGCCCAACUCUUCCUGGCCUUGCCUCAAGGCAGCAGAAGCUGGUCCAAGCAAGGCUGCGGGGUCCUGUGCUUCGUGAAGGAUAACCCCAGACGUUCCUAUUUCAUGCGUUUCUAUGAUUUGAAGGAUAGGAAGAUGACCUGGGAGCAGGAAUUGUGCAGCCAGCUGGUCUACUUGGCUCCCACCUCUUAUUUCCACACCUUUUCAGGAGAUGAGUGCAACGUGGGGCUCAACUUUGCCGAUGAGAAUGAGGCAUACAAUUUUCAACAAACGGUGGAAGAGAAGAUUCAGAAGAGGAACCAGAGGAUGGAUAGACAGCCGCCGCCGCCACCUCCUGUCAAUGAAGACAGAAGACCAACUCUCCCCCAGCCGCCAUCUUCUGGGAUUGACUCAAAUGGACGUGGCAUGCAGCCAAACUCUCCUCCAGCAUCUCUGCCUCUGGCAACUGUUGACAUCCAGAAUCCAGACAUCACAUUUUCCCGCUACCGUGGACUUCCUGUUCCUACUGCAGUAGAGAAAAAGAAGGGGAAGAAAAAGAUUUCAAAGGCUGACAUUGGCGCUCCAAGUGGGUUCAAGCAUAUCCAGCACAUUGGAUGGGAUCCCAACAGUGGAUUUGACGUGAAUAAUUUAGAUCCCGAUUUGAAGACAUUCUUCACCCAGGCAGGAAUCAGUGAGGCUCAACUGACCGAUGUUGAGACUUCAAAGAUUAUCUAUGACUUCAUUGAAGGCCAAGGGGGGCUGGAGGCUGUGAAGGAAGAGCUGAGACGACAGGGUCCAAGUCACCCUCCACCCCCACCCCCAAAUCGUUCUGGCCCUGGACAUAGCCGAAGUGGUCCUCUACCACCCAUCCCGCCUGUAUCAAACAGGGGAGCUGUCCCUUCACCUCCACAGCCCUCUCGAGGACAACCCAGCCCUCAGUGGGGACCUCCUCCACCAGUCUCUCGGCCUGGAGCAGCUCGUCCCCCACCACCCCCAGCUGGGUCAGCCCCACCACCGCCACCUCCGCCACCGCCGCCGCCACCUCCUCCUUCAUUCCAAAGUUCUUCCCCAUGCCCCCCUCCCCCUCUCCCCUCUGGAGGGCUUAGCUCACCUACUGUUGCCUCCACGGGACGUGGUGCAUUACUGGAUCAGAUACGCCAAGGAAUACAACUCAAUAAGACACCUGAUGUGCUGGAACCGCCAUCACCUGCACAGAGCUCUGAAGGCCUGGUAGGAGCUCUUAUGCAUGUGAUGCAGAAGAGGAGCAAGGUCAUUCAUUCCUCAGAUGACGAUGAAGACAAUGGUGAUGAUGAAGAUGAUGACGAGUGGGAUGACUGAGUCCAGAAGGACGCCUGGCACAAAGCCCGAUCCUUCUGACAAUCUGUUGCUGUCUGAAUUGCUGUGGGCAUUUAAUCAGACUCUCUGUUAUGGUCCCCCUCACAAUCUGUGCAGAAAUCCAGUAGGGCAGCUUUAGCCUCUGCAGUGACAGGUCUUUAUUUUCCCAUUCCUCCUCUCCAGCAUCACUUACCGGUAGGCUAAAGAAUAAUUUCCAUUCUCUUCCAUCACCUGUGCACCUGCAUGCCUUUGACAGCCUUAGAAAGCUAGGCUGUAAUCCUCCCUCUUUCAAACCCUCGGUCUUGACAAUACCACUUCUAAUCUCCUCUAACUUUCUAAGAGCCAUAUUAUCUUUCAUCCAGCCCCUUCAUCAUCCUUUCUUUCUCCUAGAUGUAUAAUCUUGUGUCUUUAAGAAGUGGUUCCCCCUUUGAGGCCAAUGUGCAGGUAUGAAGAUUAUAGGAAUGUAAGCAAAACCUCUUAUAAAAUAACCAAUGCAUUGUUAACACACAUCAAAAUCCUAGUUGUCUGAAUUAUUUGCUCGCCUUUCAGA